UAAGACUUUCCAUUAUAAAUUUAUGAAGCCCUUGCGUCCAUUUCCUUCUACAGAAAGGUCUUGCAUAUUGUAGGGAAAAAAAACAGAGCUAGGCCAGUAGAAGGCGCAGUAGCUAGUCACAAUCCUCUAAAAUACCAUGGCUGCUCCUCAACCUAACCCAGUCCCAGUGGCAUACCAAGGAGGCUUAGUUGCUUCAGUUCCUGACUGGUUAAACAAGGGCGAUAACGCAUGGCAAAUGAUCUCAGCCACCCUUGUUGGUCUCCAGAGUGUGCCAGGACUUGUAAUUCUCUAUGGAAGCAUUGUCAAGAAAAAAUGGGCAGUCAAUUCAGCUUUCAUGGCCUUUUACGCUUUCGCAGCUGUUGUAAUCUGCUGGGUGGUUUGGGCCUACAAAAUGUCUUUUGGGGAUAAGCUCUUGCCCUUUUGGGGCAAAGCAGGACCUGCCUUAGGCCAGAAGUUUCUAAUCAAGCAAGCUGCACUCCCUGAGACCACACAGGUCUACGAUAACGGUGGUGUGGAGACUCCAAUGGCUACACCAUUUUAUCCCAUGGCUUCCAUGGUUUGGUUUCAGUGCGUGUUUGCUGCAAUCACUCUUAUUCUUUUGGCUGGAUCAGUGCUUGGAAGAAUGAAUUUUAAGGCUUGGAUGGCUUUUGUGCCACUUUGGCUCACUUUCUCUUACACUGUUGGUGCCUUCAGCUUGUGGGGCGGUGGAUUCUUGUUUCACUGGGGUGUCAUGGACUAUUCUGGUGGUUAUGUUAUUCAUCUUUCUUCAGGGAUCGCCGGCUUGACUACUGCCUUUUGGGUAGGUCCAAGAUCAUCAAAGGAUAGAGAGAGAUUUCCACCAAACAAUGUACUGCUAAUGUUAGCAGGGGCAGGGUUGCUGUGGAUGGGAUGGGCUGGCUUCAACGGCGGAGAUCCAUACACUGCCAAUAUUGACUCUUCCAUGGCCGUUCUUAACACUAACAUUUGCGCAGCUACUAGUCUUCUUGUAUGGACCUGGCUAGAUGUCAUUUUCUUCAAGAAACCUUCUGUCAUCGGUGCUGUUCAGGGCAUGAUAACUGGCCUUGUUUGCAUUACUCCUGGUGCAGGUCUUGUUCAAGGAUGGGCUGCCAUAAUCAUGGGAAUUUUAUCUGGUAGUGUUCCAUGGUUUACCAUGAUGAUUGUUCACAAAAGAUGGACACUACUGCAAAAAAUUGAUGACACACUAGGAGUGUUUCACACUCAUGCUGUUGCUGGCCUUCUAGGGGGUGUUCUUACAGGCCUCUUUGCAGAACCUGAGCUAUGUGCACUAUUUUUGCCGGUGACAAACUCAAGGGGAGGUGUCUAUGGUGGUUCCGGUGGAAUCCAAAUACUCAAACAACUAGUUGGUGGUGCUUUCAUUAUUGGAUGGAACGUUGUCGUUACAUCAAUUAUCUGUGUAGUGAUAAGCUUUGUGAUACCAUUGAGAAUGUCUGAGGAACAAUUGCUUAUUGGGGAUGAUGCUGUGCAUGGUGAGGAGGCUUAUGCAUUGUGGGGUGAUGGAGAAAAAUAUGAUGUAACCAAGCAUGGGGAUAUCACAGAACAUAACAUGGAAACGAGGACAUCAACUGGUGCUACUCAAGUGAUGUAGAGAAGGGGAUCCACAAAAUUAAAUUAAUUGUUGUUUGAUGAUUAAUUUGCUUCAAAAGUGUUUGAGGUAAAUUAAGACUAAGUACUGUACUUAAUGUAUUUCUUAUUCUUUAGACUUGUAUAAAGAAUUUAUAUUGAGACUUAUUUACAUUAAA